GAGAUUUCUACUAAAGCGUUAAAAACUGUCUUAAUCUGAGUUUCUGUUUAAACUUAGACAAGGAACUUUUCUUUUCUCCUACACUAUAGCAAGUUCUAUUCUCCACUCCACUCCACUCCUUUCCUAUGCAAAAAUGAUGUCAAAUGUUCUUCCCGUUGAAAUUUUGAUUAGUGAAGAAGAUGAUGGAUGAUGAUGAAUUUGUAGAUAUGGGUUCUUCUUUAAUUAACAACAAUACUGGUUGGCUUGUUGAUUACAUGAAUGAAGUUCAAGAUACUACUGCUUUUAUGUGGCCUCCUCAGGUUCUUGAUGAUCACAGGGGAUGUCCUGGUGAACUGCUUGAUAGCUCCUCAGAGAGAAAUGAAACCAAUCUUGAGAAUUCUUGCUCGAAGAAACGACCCCGUGCGGAGCCGUGCUGUGGACUGAAGAGCAAAGCUUGUCGGGAAAAGAUCCGGCGAGACAAGCUUAAUGACAGGUUCAUAGAGUUAUGCUCAGUUUUGGAGCCAGGAAGACCUCCAACUACAGACAAGAUCAUUCUUCUGAAUGACGCAACUCGUGUUCUGAAACAACUGUUUCUUGAAACCAAAAGACUGAAAGAAUCAAAUGAAGCAAUUCAAGAGAGGAUAAAGUCCCUUAAGGCAGAGAAAUCAGAACUUCGAGAGGAGAAAGUGAGACUUAAAGCAGAGAAAGAGAAGAUGGACAAGACUUUGAAGGGAAUGGCGAUGCCAUCUCCUUUCCUAUUGCAUCCUGCUGCAUUCCAUACACCUGCUGCUUUUUCUACCGCAGGCAAGGCUGUUCCAUAUCAGAUAAAUUACUCGCAGCCGCCCAUAGCUAUGUGGAAAUGGAUGCCACCAGCAUCUUUGGAUACUUCACAAGAUCAUGUCCUUAGGCCGCCUGUUGCGUAGGCCUUUUUCCUUCUUGUUACCAACUUCGUUUCCUCUAAUGCAUUUACAAAGAAUUUCCAAAUGCUGCUUCCACCAGCAGUUAUUCUUUAUGUACUUGGUCUGUAUGUUAUAUCCUAGAAUUUGACCUACGAUUAUAUAAGUAUAUAAUCUUUGAAUUUAGAACUAAUCUCUUGUGUGUUUCAGCUUGUUGAACACAAAUUGCGGAUA